AUCAUAGAGUAAAUAAAGUACUGUUGGUAUCAUUGUUUAACAAUGGCGUGUGUUGGGAAGAUGGAUAAUAAUUUUAAUUUUGGUGUAGAUUCUAUAAGUUCAGAAAUGUCUCCAGACUGGUUACAUGCUGAACACACAACCGGGACAUCCAUCAUGGCGGUGGAGUUUGAUGACGGGGUGGUGAUUGGGGCGGACUCCCGCACCACGACAGGGGCGUACAUUGCCAACCGGGUCACGGACAAACUGACCAAAGUCACGGACAACAUCUACUGCUGCCGUUCCGGUUCGGCGGCCGACACCCAGGCCAUAGCUGACAUCGUCAGCUACCACCUGGACUUCCAUAAGAACGAGACGGGUGAGCCGCCGCUGGUAGAGAUGGCGGCCAAUGUGUUCCGCGAGCUGUGCUACAACUACAGGGACUCCCUGACGGCCGGCAUCAUCGUGGCCGGCUGGGACAGGAGGAAGGGUGGCCAGGUGUACACUGUACCAAUUGGAGGAAUGUGUGUGAGGCAGCCCAUCUCCAUUGGUGGCUCUGGCAGCACAUACGUGUACGGGUAUGUGGAUGCCAACUUCAAGGAGUGCAUGGAAAAAGAAGAAUGCUUGUCCUUUGUCACCAAUACGCUGGCCCUGGCCAUGUCCCGAGACGGCUCGAGUGGGGGCGUGGUGCGGCUCGGCUGCAUCACCAAGGAGGGGGUCGAGCGGCGAGUGGUCUCGGGCGAGAAGCUGCCGCGCUUCUACGAGGGCUGAGGCGCCCGGCGAUGUUGCGUUUCUGUCCGCGUGGUUGUGUGUUGAACAUGUAUCAAGUUUCAAGUUAAUAAAAUACAGUGUCUUGGCUCAA